AUGUACGACGACACCCCCGGCGGAGUCAUCGGCAUGGACGUCGCGCGCGGCCGCGAGCCGCGCGGCGUCGAGCCAACCGUCGAACACGGCGGAGGGCCCUCGUCACCCAGAGCGUCCGAGGCCGCGCGGACCGUCCGAGACGGCUUCGACUCUCGCCCGGACGGGGCGCGGGCGGGAGCUUCGAGGGCGUACUCGGCGAGGGAGGAGGUUUCGCGAGCGGCUGCGGCGCGGGCGGAACCUUCGCUGGCAGACGCGGCGAGGGCGGACGCUUCGCGAGCGGGCGCGGCGCGGGCCGGCGGACACGGUGGGGAAGGCCACGGUGGACAUGCUGGUGGCGCGCUUGCCGGGGUGGGAAGUGGCCAUGGCGCGCCUGCCAGGGCGGGACGUGGCCAUGGCGCACCUGCCAGUGCGGGUCUCGGCCAUGGUGCUGUGGCCUGCACCUCGGGCGGCGGAGGCGAAGGCGGCGGCGGCGGCAGAGGCGGAUGA